GCCGCCCUGCAGCAUGGCGUGAUAGCGGGUCGCAGGGGCUUUGGGAGCAUCUUCGUCGUGGCCAGCGGCAACGGCGGGCAGCACAGCGACAACUGCAACUAUGAUGGUUAUGCCAACUCCAUCUACACCGUCACGAUAGGCGCGGUGGACGAGACGGGCUCCAUGCCGUUCUAUGCCGAGGAAUGUGCCUCCAUGCUGGCGGUGACCUUCAGCGGCGGGGACAAGAUGAUGAGGAGCAUCGUGAGUACCACGCGCGGCGCGUCCCGUCCGCUGCGCGCCGCGGGCAGAGGACAGGCUUACGAGGAUCGUCACGCGAAGUGGGACGUCAACCAGGCCGGCUUCAGCCACAGCCAUCAGCACGGCUUCGGCUUGCUGAACGCCUGGAGG